AUGGAGGGCUCUGAGGAGCUGGAGAACAGCCUCCUGACGCAGCCCUGGGCUUCUGUUUGCUUUGGCGAGUCUGCUUUUAUCGCCAAGGCUUGCUUCAGGGACUCGGGCUACGUCCUGCUGAUCUCCGACCUCAGCAGCGUCUGGUACGAGAGCGCGGACACGCAGGCUGUGGGGCAAAGGUCCAAGGAGCUGAACAAGCGGCUCACAGCCCACGUGUCCUCCUUCCUGCACCGCCUGAGCAGCCUCAUGUCCCCCUUGCUGGCAGGGCAGCCGGACGCCGCCACCUCCUUCUCUUGCCACCUCACGCCUGGCAGGCUCAGUGUUCAUGUGAAGAGUGAGCUCUCGGGACUGCCCUUCUACUGGGACUUCCACUGCUCCUCUGCGCCUGUGGAGAUGGUCUCCCGGCACCUGGUGCGGCCCCUGAUGCGGAUGAGCCUGGCGCUGCAGUCCCAGCUGCAGGAGCUCAUGGUCCUGCUGCUCCAGAAGGACGCUGAGAUCGAUGACUACAGGGAGAGCGGGGCUGCUCUGAGCAGAGACCGCCUGCGGACGGAGCCCUUCCAGGAGGUGACUUUCCUGCAGAACUUCAUGGCCAAGGUAAGGGCAGGUGCAAAGUCUCCUUCUUUUGGCAAAGGCGUCCUGGAUAGCCUGCACCACCAGCCCCUGGUGUAUGGCACCCUGGACAGGGCCAGACAGGGUUGGCCAGUACUCGCAUAUGGGGCUGUGGACAGUGGGCCCUGGUGGAGAUGGCCAGAGUCGGCUGGAGAGGGUUAG